AUGCAGCGCUUGACAUUCAGGUAAAAUUGCCAGUGGCACCCCGGGCCAGUACCAAGUGAAAACGACCUGCCCGGGCCAAGAUCACAGGAAAGCAAGUUAUGAACCAGAAUUUAAGUCAUGGCUAAUUUCAUGUUUCAUUUGCAGUCUAUUUUUUUCAUUUAAAAAAAAACGAAUCCAAACAAUGAAAUAUACCCUCCACCCCGGUUUGCAGCGUAGUGGCUACGUUGAAGCAUGGGGAUGCUCAUCUGCAUUGUUUACCCCUAUCAUUAGCUAGAUAUCAGACUCUAAAUAUAUUGUUGCUUGUUUAAUGUCCUAAACUUCCACUAGCCUAAUAAAAUCAUGUGAUUUUUACAGUGUUUAUAGUGUAAUUGUGUGAAUUUUACAUUAUAGGCCUACAGUUACUUUUUUUAUUGUCAUACCAGACACUCAGCUUGUAAAACCCUGCCAAUUGUGCAAAAAGUGGAGUUGCGAAAUAAAACUGCACGUGAAAGCUGGGAUUCCGCUCUUUUCAAUAAUUACUAUCUAAACUUGUCUUCUCCCGAGAUUGCAUUUAGGAAUGUUGCGCAGUGACUGGGUUUAUUAGAACACAUUUCUUUCCAUGCAGCAAUCAGCUAGCUGUAUGAGGAGUUGCACGCUCUUGCCACCCGACAGUGGAUAUUCCGCUGAUAAACGACAGCUCAUUAACAGCUUCUGUAAAUUAAUCUGGUUUUUAAAGAAUUAUAUAGACUACAGAAUAGCAUUAUUAGAAUAUAGCAGUCGUUUUACAGUCGCAACAGUGGAUAUCCAAUAAUGUCCUGACUGUAGUCCUACUUGAAAACACUGUUACAGCUUAUCUUUUGAUCUCCAUGGUCAUAACAUUUUCAAACAACCUUUAAUUGGCGAUCCUUCCUUCUCGAUUUGGAAGGCACUGUUGUCUUCAUUAAUGUUUCCAGCAGUGGUGGAACUCCCAUAAUGAGAAAAUAUUCCGGAAAAUAGGAAAUCCCAAAAAGAUGGCGGCAUGUGCAUUGAUGGAUUAAUUAAUGCACAUUUAAAUGGAUUUAAUUUGUAACUGAGCAUUUUCUAAACGUCAAAUUUCCCCCGACAAGUAGCGAUUUGAGUUUAUAAGAUGGGUGCCUUCCAAAUCGAUAGUUAAGGAAGUAUUGUUGGAGAUCACAAGCUAAACUGUACCUGCAUAUGCAAGUACAGUCAGUAGUACAUUAUUGCAUAUUGACCAUUGCAUCUGUAGCUAAUAUGGCAUGUGCAUUGAAGUUAACGUUCUCUCAUCUAGCUUAUUUCUAUCUUAUUAUAUUAGCAAAUUAUUUCACAUUUUGUCAUCCGAAGGGUUAUAUUCUGCUUUGUCAUGUUGAAGGUACUAUUUCCUUAAGUGCACAUGUGUUUAAAAGUAAGCCAGUUGAUGACCUCACUCAUUGUCCAUUUUUACUGAUGUGUACCAAGUGGUUAGGUUCUCUCAGGAGUGACCUUUGUCUUCUGUAUGUUUUGUAGAAAGAUUCUCACACAAUUGAGAGAUUGUAGUGUGCUGAAGCUUUGAUGAGGUAACAAUGAUGAGUAUUAAUGUGCAGGUGGUUGUUUUUUCUCUAAAAUUUUGCAUAUGAUAUAAGGAAUAUGGGAGGCUACAUUUCAAUGUAGGCCCAGGCUUAUGUUUUUCAUGGGGCAGGCUCGGAAUACAAUCCUCAGUGCGAGACUGACACAACAGACCUGAUUUAGGGUUUGUCCAUAGAUUGGCUGGUUGUUUAGCAACAAAACCGACGCAUGCACAAUAGUGAUGCGCGGGUUGACUCAUAACCCGCAGUCCCCGUGCUUAUAUCCGCGGGGUGGACGGGUUUAGGGUCAUUAAAUAUUGUGGCUGAAGGGCGGGUUGAAGAAAGAAAAACAAUACCUUAAAAAUGUUUUUAUAAUUAUUGUGCAAUUUAUGUAGUCUACAUUGAGGUUUUUCUUUCAUUAUUUUAGGCUAUCUGGUAUUAGUGCAUAAGCCUAAACUUUAGGGCUUAACUGGCAGAAGAAGUUAACAUCAAUCCACGGAGGCAAAAGGACAUUGUCAAAGUUUAAUUCAAUAAGGCAAAAGAUGCAAGAGGAGAGUUGAAAAAAGGGAUGGACAGAAAAGUAAUGUUUGGAAAAUAUUUGGUGAAGUGGUAAAAGAGGAUCAUAGCAGUGCCGGCUAUGUUAUCCGUGAUGAUUGUGAGGCGCUAUACAAAUUCGACAGUCACAAGACGAGACUUCAAAUAGGCCUAUGGCAUGUCAAGGAAACUGUAGCCUACUGUUUAGAUGGGUUAAAUGGAAACUGAAAUCUGGACAUUGACUAACCAGAAUAACCUACUGUUUAUUGGCAAACUCCAAAGUCCUCUGAUAAUACUAGUCCCGUGCGAAUCGACAUCCCUGUGUUUUGAGAGAAAUGUCUGAGUUAUACAGGGGUUUGCUCACGGUUUAAGCAAGAAAACAAUAACUGAUUUGAUAAAUUGAACGAAGUGCAGCACAUAGUCUAUAUAUGAAGGGCUUACAUAAUGCUUUUAUUUAUACGUUUUGUGCAAAUGGAUUGAACAUCGCAAAAUGCAUCAUAAAAAAACAUUGCGGCUACUUAAUGCAACCCUUGCUGUUAAUAGAUGGCAAAGCAACAUACAACUGAGCUAAACGUUUGGAACAAGUUCACUUUCUCAUCCAUAGCCUAAAAACGCCUAUCAAGUGCAAGUUAGCGGUUUAGCUCACAUCUAAAGGCUGGGGGGCAUUUAGGAAGUAUUCUACUACGGAUCACUAAAAUAUCCUAAUGAUUAUGAUCACACUUCCUCAAUUAAGAUAUUAUGGCGACACUAUACCAAAGAUGGUUUGUUAUGAUUAAGAAAACUCGAGCUUGGUUCCCAAGUUAUCAGUGUAGCCUGUUAUGGCUUGGACUUGUUGAAAUAUCUUCACACCUAGAAAAAAAAACCUCCAGGCUUCUGUCAAUUUAUUUUAAAAAAAAUUAAGAAUUACAGGGGGCAGUUUGGGGAGAAAAAAAACGUAUCCUGUCCGAAUCGUCCUCUGGAAUAACCGACAUUCUGGGGUAAUAAAUACAUAACCAACGUUCUCUAGUAAUACUAGUUCCUUGCGAAUAGGGCUAUAGCCUUAAUAAUAGCUCCUGCAGAAUUAAGCAUUUCUUGCAGUAAAAUUAUACACCAAAUGUAGGCCAAAUUUGGACUUGGGAACAGGAGUGGAGAAAUACGAUUUAUUUAUUUCUGCAUCUUGAGAGAAUGCAAUGCUCAGUUAGAUACGAUCUGUAGAGGUGCUGUCUUCAUCAUAAAAGCGUCAUAAAAGCUGAUAAAAUAUGCAUCGAAGCCGAACUGAAAUCAAAUCAGAAACAUUUUGGGUCGUUUUCACAACUUUUUUUUUUUUUUUUUUUUACAAUCGGUUAAACUGAUGUCAUUUGGACAUUUUGCACAGAAAACCUUUCCCGUUUUGUUUUUGCUUUUUUGUAUUUUCUCCCCAGUCCCUAAACAUCUUUGCUCCACGAAAGAUGACAGAGAACUUUACCGAUGUCAACUAGAUUGAAGCAUUCAUUCUUUUGAUCUAUUACAUUAUUCUGUUGAGCAAGGGUUUAUUUAGUCUUUUAGGGUAACAUAUAAUGACAAAAGAGACGCUACAUGUAUCUAAUUAUAGACAAGUUGACUAACAAAUAGCCUACCAAAAUGUCGGAAAUUAUAAGCAGAAAUAUAUCUAAAUCAGGCAAAACAAAGUCCUGCACCCCCUGUCAAAAAAUCGUUCUGCCGUCUCUGACUGUAGCCUAUAGUGCAUUUUCUAUUUUUGCGGGUUAGGGUCGGGUGCGGGCCUCAGAUUUUCACUUUAUCACAUAUAGUCGGGUGGUUGCGGAUGGGUUAUUAGCAAUUGUGGGCAGGUGCGGGUGAACAAACAGCUGACCCGUGCACCACUAAUGCACAACUAUGGGGCAAAACAUAAGACAAGACAUGCUAUCAAUAACAAGAUACAACAAGCUGAUUUGGGGUGGUUGGGUUCGUGCUACCCCAUUGCUUAUAACUAACUAAGAACUAUAAGAAAUGUAAGAUGUGUCAAAUAAAUUAGAUCCAGCUCAGGGCUCCCGCUAUGCAUUUGGUUUGCUAACUUGCUAGCUAUGUGGCUAGAUGUCAAGAUCAAGCUUCUUGGUUACAACAUAGACAUUCAAUAAAUGAUCAAGAUCCCUGUUGCCUAAAUUGUUUUGUGCGUCCCCCAAAAUAUAUAUUUUUAGAAAUGGCGCCCCUUGUGUGCACUUCCGGUAAUACCCCGGUAUGGUACAGAAACGGUAUGACUGUAUGAAAAUCUGGAUACCGCCCAACCCUAUUCCUUACUGUCAUUGUUUCUAGCUAUCUGACCAUUCAGAAUCAUAACGCACACCUUCCGGCCACAUCGAUACGCGUGCAUAAUUUUCGUGACUUCGUCAGUCAACCCGUCUAUAGUUUAUUCAAGUAUUAGGCUACACGGUCUGUGAUAAUCAUGAUCGGAUUAUGUGUUUAAUCCUCAAACAGACCAGUCCACUACCAUAUUACUAUACUGUAUUUACAUUAGUGAUGGGAAGUUAGGCUCUUUUUACGUACUCUGAUCUUUUCGACUCGUUCAGUCAAAAGAACGAAUCUUUCGACUCGUCGUUCGUUUGAGUCAGUAAUGUCCAGAGCACGCAGGACCCAUACUUGGGAUGGGCAUGAGUAAUCCAGUACUAGAACUGACUACAAAACUCGAUCUUAAACCAGAGAUCACAUUUUCUAUCACUGAUGGGAUAGACAAGCUACAUUCCUUGCCAAAUGACGACAGUUUUAUCACAUUUUAAAUGAACUGGUUGACUGAAGUAGGGAAAUAUGUGUUCCAACAAUGAGCAGCAGUUUUGGAAUAAUUGCGUCAUUUACUGCUUAGGCAGUUUGCAGUUGUCACUAGUUACCACAUCCACAAAGUGAAAAUGGGCUAUAUCUUUUCAUGAAAACAAAAAUUAGUGCUUUGUCUUAAUUUAAGAUUAGGCAUAAUGUUAACAGUGAGGUGAAGGGUUAGGUUUAAAAUCAGAUUUGAAAAAGCAAAAUGUUAGAAACUGGCAUGGUUUAUGACUUUGUGGCUGUGGUAACUAAUGUUAGUGACGACCCUACUUUGCGAACUGCUAGUGGCAUUUAUAAUUAGUAAGCCUAGGCUAUUACCCCAAAACAGACAGUUUGCACACUGAAAAUAUCCAAAAACAUUAGUUUGAUAAAGACAAAGUGUAUUUUCAUCAGAAUCUUUAAGCCUAGGCCUAUUCACCAGACAGAUGUCCUGUCCAUAAUUCAUCCCCAUGCAUUGUUCAAUGUAGAAUUGUUAAUCCAUUUAGACAAUUCUAAGGAACAGGCAUAAUAAACGAAAUCGAACAUCUGUAUAUCGAAAAAUAUAUUUCAACAAAUUAUGUUUUACUACAUGUUUUUUUGCUACAAAAUAGGUGUCUUGACUGUGAUAAGGACUCAGGAAAGAAGAGCGACUUGUCUGCUAAAUUAACAAAACAAGGCUAUGCCAUUGCACAGCCAUAGGGUUCUACAAACAAGCGCCACACUGCCGAGGUUACUAUUUUUGAAGAUUGUGUUCCACAAUAUAAUAUAACCAGUUUAUAUUAGUUUCAAUAAAUGAAUCUUAAAUUACACUUAUUUUUUUAUUGACUGAAUAUAUGAGGCAAUUUAGCAAUUAGCAUUCGUUAUCUGUAAUGGUUAUCAUAAAUUAGGAAUUGUUGCUCACUGUUGUAAUGGUUAUCAUAAAUUAGGCAUUGUUGCUCACUGUUGGCAUAUACUGUAUAUCAGUGGAGGCUGGUGGGAGGAGCUAUAAGAGGACGGGCUCAUUGUAACGGAAUGAAUGGAACAGAGUCAAACGUGGUUUCCAUAUGUUUGGUGUUUGAUACCGUUCCAUCCAUUCCAUUCCGGCCAUUACAAUGAGCCCGUCCUCCUAUAGCUCCUCCCACCAGCCUCCACUGCUGUAGAUAAAUGCGAGAGAGAAAAUUCAUGUGAAAAAUUCAGCCUUUGUUAAAAAAAUAGCUUCUUUAUUCAAAUUUUUGUACGCGAGUAAUCGGGGGGGAAAAAAUCAUUACAAGUACUCGAGCAGUCUCAAAAGGUAAAAUACCCAUCCCUACUCCCUGCCAGCGAACAAUGAACUGAAAACUCGAAAGAGUCAUGGUUCUACAAGCCUGUCGUUCACCAUAGGGGGCUUUUUUUUUUUGGAGGUGUCAUUUGUGACUUAGACUAAAAGUGUGCUUUAAACAAUGCACAUUUGUUGAUUGCUAGGCAAUCUGCACAUUGCUAGGUGAACUGCACAUCCCUCAUUUACAUUUGGAGACCUUAUCAUUUACAUCAUUUUAUACAGAACGCUUUAGAAAUGUACCUAAGUAAGAAUAAGAUAUUCAGUUAGAAUCUGGGAAUUUUUUUAUUUCACUGCUGAGGUUUUUCAAUGGCAUGCAUGUUUAUUUUGCUGAUAUGGAUUGCUGUGAUGAAUGAAAUGUCUCAACAUGCUUGAUGUCAACAUGAGAAAUGAUGAGAUGCAUGAUCUUUGUAAUUUUUUUAAUGAGUGUAUGGCUUUUUGGCGAGGCAGCCAUUUCAAAGAUGUUGUGCUCUUAUUGUUGAUGCCAAUUUACUGCAUUUCUCUGACCAUCUCCUGACGCAAAAAAAAAAGCUGAUAUGGUGCUGGGGCUGAAUCAAGAGUGUUUUGUACAUGUUGUUCACUAAGGAUGCCUAAAUUUGCCUGCUGUUUGCUCAUGUUUUUGCUUCCAUUUCCUAUUCUUUUGUUACAGUCUAGAAUUGAUUUAAAUUGCUUGCCGUCAGGAUUGGCUUGGAUAUCCUGUGCCACAGUUUUAACGAAGCACCACUUAUUAUUACAGGUAAGCUUGUAAAUAUGUCCUGAACAUAGGUUAAUUCAAUUGACUGCCAGUCCAACUCUCACAACCUCCUGUGGGCUCUUGGUGAUUUUUACCAGUAAUUAUUUGCUUUGUUAGGCUAUAUUCAUUGAUCUUAUUGAUUCCCUUUUGGGCUCAUAGUUCACUCUAUUGUGGAAACCUCUGAAGGUGAGGAGAGCUAAGAAUGACCUACCAAGGUAUGAGUGGUUUAGAGGGAGAGCAUGGUAUGUUGGUGGCUUUCUUUGGCAAAAUACCGCAUCCACAAAGCCCUAAGUAAAUGUCUCCACUUCAUGACCUGACCGCCUUCUGUGGACCACAUUCUCUCUACUUGCUUUUUGAUAUGCUGUUUUGUCCAACACCUGCUCUGAACAACGCUCGAGACUCAAGCCUAAGCAUAGGCUAAUUGUUUUGCACUUUUAAUGUUUUAAUAUGGUUGGUGUCGUGAUAAUACAUCAUUCUUGACUGGUAUUUAAAUUAUUCAUAAAUGCAUUUUUUAUGUUUACCAGUUGCUACUGAGAUGGCACAGUGUCGUCUAAUGGCUUAGGGCUGCAUUGCAGUUAUAUCAAUUUGACACGUUUUUAUAUUUUAAAGGUUGAGUAAAUAGGAUUUUCAUCCACAAGUAUACCCAAAUUCCUAUUGUAUGUAAAUAAUUUAUAAUUAGUGACUGCCAUUGUGUAGUUAUUUUGUUAGAUACUUCUCCCUAUUAGCUGAGGUCUUACUUUUUCAAAGCCAUUUUAGCUGUCGCGCUAAUUGUUCGGUACAAAUCUAGCAUAAAAUCAUGCAAAUUUGUCGCUCUGCCAGCGUUGCCUCCCUUUCGAGGAAUGUGUUGCUAGGCAACACUGGGAAUUUCCCGUACAGGCCUGCUCCCCCUGCUGACUAAAGCCAGUGUGAAAAGCGUGCUAACCAACGUUUGCACUAUGUAACUAAAUACUGCAUUCUGAACCACAGAACUUCUUUGCUAGAUUCUAGAUAGUGUAGUUAGACGAAGAAAGGAAAGUCAACUUUGAAACGUGAUGUAGUUUUCUUAGGAUUUGUCAGUAAGUAAUGCAUCCUGCAAGCUUCUAAAAAUGACUUACUCAACCUUUAAAUUCAGGCCCCUUCUUCCACCGGACAUUUACUGGACAAAGGCCUCAUGAUGCAUCAGAUUGAUACAUUGGAAGUUGGGCUAUAAGUUCAUCCAAUUUACAGCAUUGAAAUGUAUGGUACUCUGGGUCUAAUUAUGAGCAAGAUUUAGGCCUACGAGCAACAUUUCUCCAAGGUUUGCGUAUUAGACCUUGGGCCUACAUCAUCUCCUUGAGCCAAGGCUGAUGUAUGUGGUAAAUGAAGCAAUGUGUGGAUGGCUGUGUAAGAGUGGUGAUGAGUGGACAGACAGCCUAAUACUUGCACAUGUAUUUUGAAUUGCUCUAUUGAUGCAUUGGGCUCUCAUCGAAUAUCUCCAAACGUAAGCUGUCUUCUAAAUCAUGGUUUGUCUCCUGCUCUUUUUGUUUUGUCUGUUCUUUACUCUUUCCUCUAGUCUUACGGUGGUUGCCUUUUUUUCACCUGCAGGUGUGUGUUGUUUCACCUCAGCAGCAUGGCUGUGGUCAUCCGCUUGCAGGGUCUCCCGAUAGUGGCGGGGACCAUGGACAUACGCCAUUUCUUCUCUGGAUUGACUAUCCCGGAUGGUGGGGUGCAUAUUGUAGGGGGUGAACAUGGUGAGGCUUUUAUUGUUUUCGCCACAGAUGAAGAUGCCAGGCUUGGCAUGAUGCGUACAGGGGGAGCAAUCAAAGGUUCUAAAGUGUCACUUUUGCUGAGCAGCAAGACCGAGAUGCAGAAUAUGAUCGAACUUAGCCGCAGGCGUUUUGAAACAGGAAAUGUGGAGGGAGCCGCAGGAAACGGUAGCACAGGUGGGAGGGGCAGUUUACCCACCACUUUACAAGGCUUCAGCAACACCACACCAACCACAGUCACCACAGCUGCAUCUGCACAUGAAACUAUAAGCAACAAAAAUGUGUCCACGUUUGCCACCACUAGUAUGGGAAACAUGCCCCCCAGUUUCAGCAACAACUUCAGCAGCCCAAAUCUUACCAUGGGAUCCACUAUGACAACAGCCAUGUCCUCCCUCAACUCUGUACCUAUCCCCCCUUUGCCAACCAUGCCAUCCCUGCCACCCAUGCCUUCCAUACCCCCCAUGCCACUUCCACCACCAGUGUCAUCUAUGCCUCCUGUUCCCACUGUGUCACCUUUAACCCAAGGCCCUCCUGUCCUUCCCAUGAGUCAUCUGUCCCACAUGGGCUCAAUGCCACCAUUUAACCCAGGCAUCCCACCCCCUGGUGGAUUGGCCUCAGGGCUGCCUCUAGGAACCCCAAACCACAUGUUUCUCGGCCAUAUGAACCCUCUGUUAAAUCUCCAGGCACACAUGAAGGCAGCAAUAGGUAAUUCAGAUGAGUUAUAUGUCCACCUUCAAGGCCUGCCCUUCUCAGGGACAGAAAUGGAUAUUAGGGAGUUUUUCCGUGGGUUAGCGGUGGACUCCAUCCGACUGGUCAGGGACAACAUGGGCCGGAGUAGCGGCAGGGCGCUGGCCAAGUUCUUUUCCCCUCAGGACACUUUUGAGGCACUCAAAAGAAGCACCGGAAUGUUAGGGCAGAGGUACGUGGACAUCUCUCCGGCCACAGAGCGGCAGUGGAUGAGUGUCAGCAGUGGUGGCAUCGGGGUAGGAGAGCACGCCCACUUAAAAUUCAGUAAUGAGCCCCAAGACCAGCACCGCCGCAGCAACAUGAGUUCAGCGUCCCCGUCAACCAGAGACCGUGCGAGGUCCCGCUCCCCUCACAACAAGGAGUUCUGUGUUUACCUGAAAGGCCUGCCCUACGAAGCAGUAAACAAACAGAUCUGUGAGUUUUUCAAAAACCUGGACAUUGUGGAAGACAGCAUUUACAUUGCUUAUGGACCCACUGGCCGAGCUACAGGCGAGGGCUUUGUUGAGUUCAAAAAUGAAAUGGACUACAAAGUUGCCCUCGGCUGUCACAUGCAGUAUAUGGGAAGCCGAUUCAUACAAGUUCAUCCCAUCAGUAAAAAAGCUAUGUUUGAAAAGAUUGGUUCAAUUCGUCAAAGGAUGCAGGGUGGUGAUAAGAAAAACAACUCAGAAUCAGGCAAGAGCCCUAGAAACUGUGCUCACAUCUCAAAUAUUCCAUAUAAUGUGUCAAAGAAAGAUGUCCGUCUGUUUCUAGAAGGCAUUUCAGUAUUUGAUGAAAGUCUUAAAGUUCUGGUUGACAGCAGUGGUAACGGUCUAGGUCAGGCUGUUGUGCAGUUCAGGGCAGAGGAGGAUGCGCUAAAUGCUGAGAGACUACACAGGCAGAAGUUAAAUGGCAGAGAUGCAUUUGUACAUUUGGUCACCUUUGAGCAGAUGAAGGAAAUCGAGAGAAACCCACCACCACAGGUUAAAAGAGGCCAGAAAACCCAAGGGAACGCUCAAGGCCAGGCACAGAAUCCAGUUCAAGCCCAAGCUCACCCCUUUUCCGUUAUGUCAGGAGAAGAGUUCAACUUCCUCAGAAACACUGUAGGCAAUUUAGGCAAUGGUCCUUUUACGCCGUUUACUGUCCCAGGUAAUGGACUAGCGGGCCCUCCUCCUCUACCCCCACUUGCAGCAAGUCUAGGGGAUGUAGGCCUUAGCAUUCCCCCACCCAUGGUUGCCGGUCACUUGCCUGGAGCAGUUCUGGAACCCCCAGGCUUCCGACCAGGCAGCAACAAUGGCCCACCUGGCUUUGGGCCAGAGGGCUUGAGGGGCAUGCCACCUUUUGACAACGGCCCUAGAAAGAGCGGAGGCCUCAACAACCGAGGAGGUGGCCAAGGGCGAUCAGUAGGGGGCCCUCAGUCUGCCUUUGGCCCUGGCUCUGACCCUCUGAGAGGGCAGUCAACCGGAGGCCCUGGUAACCCUCGUGGACCUACCAUUGUAAAGAUCCAAAACAUGCCUUUCACUGUAACAGUCGAUGAGAUUCUAGAUUUCUUUUAUGGGUAUCAAGUGCUGCCUGGUUCAGUCUGUCUGCAGUUCAGUGAAAAGGGCCUGCCCACUGGGGAGGCAAUGGUUGCAUUUGAGUCACACAAGGAGGCAACGUCUGCUGUCAUGGAUUUAAAUGAUAGGCCUAUUGGAGCUAGGAAGGUGAAGAUAACCCUAGGAUAAGACUCCCAAUUUUCCCCUCUACCAAUAAUGAUUAAGGGAAACUUGCGGUUUCAUUAAUGCAAAGGUAAGAACUUGCAUUUAGGAUGAAUUUAAUCUCCCAAUUAUCUUUAGUUCCUUUACCAAAAUUAUGAGGUUUGUAGCGUAGGAAUGAAAUGGGGAAACUGCUAUAUCGAUUUGAUGUAUAAUAUGAUUACUAAAGUGGGGUGUGUGGAUUUUCAAAUGGCGAAAAACCAAAUGUUGCCAUGUUGAUGUAGCUUGAGUCCAAUCAUGUUUCGAGCACGAGCCCUGAAAUUCAUUUCAUAAGUCUAAAUAAUAUGGUUGGAGUAGGAGGGUAGUCUCUUAUUGCUGUACUGAGACAUCACUUUCACUUGGAAGCAUGUAUCAUUUUCAAAUGCCCUGACACAUUUUGUGUUCUUGUAUUUCUUCCAUAGAUUUAACAUUCUCUUUACUUUUACCUGUGCUUUGUGAUGAUAUUCUAAAGUGGGUACUCGCCAAAUGCUGCCAUGCAUGGUGUUAGUGCUGAGAACACUUAUUGUGCCAUGGUUAAAGCAUUUGCUUAUUUGCUCUAUGCUGUUUUUCACUGUUAAUAAAUGCAAAUGUCAAUGUUGUUGUUAGCUAUGAUGUGUGAGAAAUUGUACUGCUUGUUUCUGAGAAAAAUAUGUUGAAUUUUGCAUUUGGUUUAAUGGUCUUCAGAGCUCUUUAGAACUUUUUGUAUCUGCCAACCCUCCCACUGCGAUAUGUUCUUUUUGAAAGUAUGAGCUGUUUUGCAAAGAUGUAGAUACUAUUUGGAAUGUCUUAGUUUUGUAGUGUUGCCUGACAAGAUACAUUUUUAUGUUUCAUUUUUGGGGACGUUCCGGUUUAUUAUUUCACAAGUGUGUAUAUAGCCUACUGUUUAGCUUACACUUUUGUCAAUAAAAUGACAUUCCUGACAUAGAUCUAUCUACAAGGCAUUCUAUUUUUCUCCAAUGCUUUCUCACUGCU